AGGGGUUGAGCAGAGGCAGUAACCUCUAACGGAUAACAGUGCUCGAGGAUUUAAAGUUAGACCACCGUCUGCGUGCGGAACCAGUAGGGUAACGUGACCAGAGAAGGAUAGAAUGCUGUUCAGUCAAACCGGAGCACUGACCAAGGACAUUUUGAUUCAUUUUAUAACUUUUUGGAGCUAUUGACCAAUUCAAACUUGAUUAAAAAAAGAGUCAAAGAGCACACACAAACCAGCAUUUACCAGACAAAGAUCAGCAUCAAACUUCAUGCGGGCGUGAGAAGAGAAGUGAUGAGGACAGUUUGGACAAGAUACCCCUGACAUAGUUGGAAUAAUAGAUCCACGAUUCUGUUUUUUUUUAUGGAACCACUUAUUGCCAAUCUAUGACAGUUGGGGAAGUUGUUUUCAAACGUUUAAUUCUCAACUGGGAGAGAAGGCCUAUCAAAACAAACAUUUUCUGACGUGUUAGUCAAAGGAUCCUUAGGGAAUCUUAUUUCCAUCUUGCAGACGGGAAUCCUGUUGAUUAUGGCGAAGACCUUGUUCAUCUGUUUCCCACUGGUUCUCCUGGCGGGACAUCUCCUCGUGGUUACCGGACAAGCCACCCGAACACCGGUUUCGCAAGACCCGCGCCCAGACGUCCAUCCGUCCGCCACCCAGAAACCAGUAUUCUCUGGUAGAGAGGACAGGUUCAACGCCAAUGUCUCCACUGCUCGGCGCAUGCGACCUUUGCCACCGAUGUGCUCGGGACCCACGGAGAUCAGAGACACAUUUAAGUACAUCAACACGGUAGUAUCAUGUCUCGUGUUUGUUGUCGGUAUUAUCGGGAACUCCACGCUCCUCAGAAUCAUUUACCGGAACAAGUGCAUGCGCAACGGGCCCAAUAUUCUCAUAGGGAGCCUGGCGCUGGGAGACCUGCUGCACAUUGUGAUUGAUAUUCCCAUUAACGUGUACAAGCUCCUAGCGGAGGACUGGCCGUUUGGUGUGGGUCUGUGCAAACUGGUGCCUUUUGUCCAGAAAGCUUCAGUGGGCAUUACUGUGCUGAGCCUGUGUGCUCUGAGCAUUGACAGGUACCGAGCAGUAGCGUCGUGGAACCGUAUCAAGGGGAUCGGUGUUCCCAAGUGGACGGCUAUAGAGAUCGCACUCAUCUGGCUGCUGUCUAUCCUGCUGGCUGUCCCUGAAGCUAUAGCCUUCGACAUGAUCGCCAUGGACUACAAAGGAGAGCACCUCCGCAUUUGUCUGCUACACCCCAUGCAGAAUUCAGACUUUAUGAGGUUCUAUAAGUCCGCUAAGGACUGGUGGCUGUUCAGUGUGUAUUUCUGCCUCCCUCUGGCCGUCACCGCCGUCUUCUACACCCUGAUGACUUGUGAGAUGCUGAGGAAGAAGAACGGAGUCCAGAUCGCCCUGAGUGACCAUCUGAAACAGAGGCGUGAGGUGGCAAAGACCGUGUUCUGCCUGGUGCUGGUGUUUGCUCUGUGCUGGUUGCCUCUCCAUCUCAGCCGCAUCCUCAAGCUCACCAUCUAUGAUGAGAAAGACCCUAACCGCUGUGAACUGCUCAGUUUCUUCCUGGUUCUGGACUACAUCGGGAUCAACAUGGCGUCUCUUAACUCCUGCAUCAACCCCAUCGCUCUCUACAUGGUCAGCAAGCGUUUCAAGAUCUGCUUCAGGUCAUGUCUGUGUUGCUGGUGUCUGCCAGCUGAGAUGUUGAUGGAUGAGAAACAGUCCUGUAUGAAGCUCAAAGUCUCAGACCGGGCCUCCGACCAGAGCAACUCACGCGCUACUAACAAGUACACUUCAGCAUGAGAGGGGCCCUGCGCAGUGCAGAGAAGUACUCAAUGAAGUAACCUAUGAUCUACCUUAAAGGACUAAUUGAAGAUCAGUCAUAUAAACCUGAUUCUGACUUAAACCAUUAUGACAAGGUCAUAAGAAGUGCCCUUAUUUAGGGAUAGUUGAUGUAGUUUAAAACCACUUGGAGAAAAGAAGUGCCCUUAUUUAGGGAUAGUUGAUGUAGUUUAAACCACUUGGAGAAAAGAAGUGCCCUUAUUUAGGUAUAGUUGAUGUAGUUUAAAACCACUUGGAGAAAAGAAGUGCCCUUAUUUAGGGAUAGUUGAUGUAGUUUAAAACCACUUGGAGAAAAGAAGUGCCCUUAU